AUGGCGUUGCUGUUGCUCGUAACGAAAAUAAGCCGUGCCGCCGAAGUUCCCACCACAAAUCGAUCAACAACAAAGAAACCAACAUCCACUCUUAUUCGAAAGAAAAGUACCGAUGAAAAAGAGAAGCUACGAACCACUAAGGUCACAAUAUCCAAAACAAAUGAAGUCCGGAAGCCGGCCACAACAGUAAAAUCUUCAACCAAUGAGAAGACCACACCCCGAACCACCACCUCUAAGACAGCCACCACGAAAAUUACGAAUAACAGAACUCAGACAAAAAUCAAUAGUACGGGAGCUCCAUCAAAGACAACGACAAGGGUUUCCGCCAGCCAACCACAGCAGCAGCGACUUACCAAGGUUUCAAAAAGUUCUACAGCGUCCCCUACCGCCACAACACCACGACAGCAGCCUUUACGUGCCAAACAUACCCCUGAAAUCAAGGAGGCUGUGAGGAGAAAUGCCACAGCAAAGUCAAGCCCCUCUGCCGCCGUGAUCUCACACAAACCAAAUCCGGUAUUAGAUACUCAUUCAAAUGUCACCGUUGCCUCGCCACCGCCUAGAAGGAAAAGUGAGGUUAAGGAGGAAAAUUAUGAAACGGAACCGGAAACCAACCCCAAGGAAACCAAAUUAAAUCGUAAAGGUAGUCGGGUAUUGGCGCCCGAUGAAAUUGUCGUACUCAAAAGAGAAUCGGCGAAGAAACGAAUUGAAGAACAAAUAAGGCGGGAUAGUGUGGUGCAAUUGGCGCCCAAUGGUGCUGCUUUGCCCCUAAAGGAACCCGUGGCCUUUGAGGUGCCGUUCACUGAACGACAAAAAACCGCCAAGGAGAGAAAUAGACCAGAAAAACCCGAAGAGUUACAAAAGAAAAGAGAACGUUCCUCGUCACGGGUUCGGCAGGCCAGAGAGGCUAAAAAGGAGGAUGAGGAUAUAAACUAUUCCGAUGAUUUUGAUUCCUAUGAAUCAGAUUUUGAGACAGGAUCCUCAAGGAAGUCUUCAACCCAUGGCAGCAGCAGUAAUCCCAGUGAUGAGGAGGAAGGGGAGACUAAUGAAGAAGAAGAUGAUGACGAGGACGAAGACUGUAGUUCUUCAAAAGAAACCUCUGAGGAGGAAGAAGACUCCCAUGAAUCUGAAAAUUACGACGAAGAGCAAGAAAAUUCAAAAAAUCUAGAUACCGAGGAGGAUGAGGAAUCCGAAAUAACCCAAGACCCCAUUACGGUAUUACAACGAGAUAAAGAGCGUAAACUUGACUCAGGCCACUAUGAACUAAAUUCUCGCCGCCACCCUAAGCUAGGGGAAGUUUCAAACCAAUCGACUCAACAUCUGACGGAUAGUUUUGAAAACUUUAGCCUCAAUACCUCGGAUCAAUUGGAUUCGGGCAUAUCAGCAUAUGGUGGUCCUUCGACAUUAACAAAUUUCUCAAAUUCAAACAACAGCAACAAAGGAAACUUUCAAAUUUUCUAUGGAGGCUAUAAGGAUUUCCUGAGGAAUCCCAUUCACAAUAAAAGGGGAGCGGACCUUAUGGCCAAAAUCCAAUUGGACACUUUGGAAUUUAAACUGUUCGACAUGAAACCCAUAUCCUAUGAUGUGUUCAUGCAAAGUUUUGGCAAGCUAAAUUCCUGUCAAAUUGCCACCCAGACCCAGGAUAAUCUCAUGAAUGUGAAACAGCAAACAGAAUCAUGGGAAUCGCGUUCAAUGUGGACUCAACAUCCGCCACAAUAUGAUUGGGAAAUGGUAAAACAGCUAACCCACCCACUGAAGGCUCCCCAUGGAGGCGGGGUAUUAUCUCAAAAUUGUUGUGGUGAAUUAGAGGAUGAAAAUGACCCGAAACUCCCCUGCAAUGAUGAACUGGAAAAUAGCCUUGAAGCUCUUAAACUGUGGGAGAAUCAAAAAUCCCAAAGGAAAUUACAAAAUCAUGGCAGGGUCAUCAGAAAACCCAUUGACUAUGAACGGCUCAAUAGUUUCCUGCUGAAAUCCUCCAUGGUCAUUAAUCAAAUACUGGGUUCCUCGGGAAGUAAAACAUCCAACGAAGACCUACCCAAACAUUUGGGCCACUUGGAACGUCUGGUGGAUACAAGCUAUGAAUUGCAAGCAAAUUUCCUAAACACCCUGCGGGUGGUGAAAAUUUUCUCCAAUGCCAAAUACAAUUUGGUAAUUACAGUGCACGAAUCACUACCGGAAACGGAUGUUUAUAAAUCGGAUUUUUCUCAACUGCUAAUGGUUUGGUGUGUCAAUGUCAACGAUAAACCCAGUCGUUUAUUGUCCACAUGGAGCCAAGUCUCCAGGGUUGAGAUAUCUAACGAUUGCCCCGACAUUGUGGUGGCUGCUUUGCGAGAUGGUUCUGUGGCCUUGUGGGAUUUAAGGGAAACCUAUUCAUUUUGUUCGAAAUUGGAUGGUUAUUUGACACAUUUUGCUGCCACACAAUCGAUUGUCCCAUCAUCGGCUGGGGUGCAGGGUAGAGGGGAAAUAUUAAUGGAUAAUGGUUCAUGCUUGGAUGUGAGAAGUUUUCAAACACCGACAAAUAAUUGGGCUUUGGCGAAGGGAACGCAAACGAAAUCGCAGUUCGUUUCUCUGCACGAUUCUGGCCUGCUGACCGUUUGGACUUUGGUGGAUACCUCAGAGAUGUCGUUUAAUCCCCUGGAAAUGAAAGUGAAUGAAAAACAAAAACAUUAUUCAAAACUACAACAAAAAUUCGGCUAUAGUUCACCAUGGGCUAGGGUUAAGCUAAUACAAAGUUCAGUGGCCUACCUCAAGGAUUAUGUGGAGACAAAGAAUCUACAAUCAUUAUCGAGAUUCGAUAAAACCAAGGCACUAUUUCAGAAAAAUAUUUACUCCGAUGAAGCCCUUAAGGAGCUAAAUGAGAACAGUGGCGCGGAAAUGGGUUCCCAGGGUUUACGCUUCACGAGCAUUGAAUGUGGUACAGAGAAUAUUUUUAUUUGCACGAAUCGUAAUUUUGUGCUUAUGUGUUCGAAAACUUUGAAGCCCGAACGAUUUCGGCGUAUAAUUUUACAUGAAAGUCGGCUACUUUUCCCCACCGCCUUAAAGGUCUUGAGUAAUGAAAACUUUGUGGCGGUAGGGUUAUCCAAUGGUGGUGUAAUGAUCCUGAAUUGUGCUCUCAACAAACAAACACCUAAGACCCCGAAGACGGCAUGUAAAACUCCUGGUACACCAUUUCCCGGGCAGCCAAAUGAUAGAAAUCCGCAAGGAGACUUUGAUAAUUUAACUGGAAAGUCGUGUGCUAUACAAAACAUUGUUUUGAAUUCCCAGAAAUCCUAUGACAGCAUGGAUUUCACUAGCUCCUCAAAUGAUGUGGAAUUUCGUCCAGACACGGCGGCAUUUGUGGCCCUCAUUGAUACAAAUCGUAAACCUUUUGAGUUGAGAAUUUAUGAUCAACAGGUCAUCUUGGCUGGUUCGGUGCUGCGUCGGAAUUUGAUACAAGCCUUGGAAUUAUCUUCGGAUGGUUGGCGCCUAUUUGCUUUGAGUAAUGGUCAUGUGCGUAUCUAUGAUUUCUAUUUGGAACAGGAAAUCGUUCAAGGCGAAGGGCAGGAGGAGCAGAAGGCAUGUGGUGUUACAGUGGAUAUUGGCUGCGCCCGAACAAAUCAACAUGAAAUGAAUUUGAUCACCUUGGAACGGGAAUCGAAAGUUCGUGUUUAUGUUUUAAAGAAGUAG